AUGAUGAACUCCAAUUACUCUUAUAGAGAAAAACUCAUUCCUGCACCACCUAAACCACCAGACAUCACCCAUGAAAAUACCAUGGUUAAUGGCGUGGAAGACAAAGCGUCCUUCAAGGAAAUGUUGUUAGCCUCAAACCCAAUGAACUUUACAAAUUCUCUAACUCUAUCCGAGAACCCAAUGGAAGAAAUCCUACCAGAAGAGGGAGUGCAAGAGCAUUUAAUCGAGCUCAAUACACGGGGAAUUAAAGCAAUUACACUAACCGAAGAAGAGAAGCAAAGAAUUUAUGAACCUUGGAAGUUCUCACUAAUAGUUAAGCUAUUUGGCAAAAGAAUGCUACAUCAUUACCUAAAAAAGAAUAUCCAAGAACUGUGGCGACCAACGAAAUUUUUUUCACUAAUUGAUCUAGGAGACGACUACUACAUCAUAAAGUUUACAAAGAGAGAGAAUAUGGAGAAGGCUUUCACUCAUGGCCCAUGGUUUAUCAACGGCCACUACUUGUCAAUUACUAAAUGGAGACCAAACUUUGUAGCAAAUAAAGAGAAGCUGACAGUCUCAGUAGUUUGGAUCCGACUUCCACAAUUGCCAACCGAGUUCUAUGAUGGAAAGCUCCUCGAAAAAAUUGGGAAUGCUAUAGGAAGAUUAUUAAAAAUUGAUGUUUGCACCUCUACCACGGUCAGAGGCCACUAUGCUAGGCUUUGUGUUGAACUUCCACUGGAAACACCCGUCCAACCCUACAUCUACAUUGGACAACACAAGCAAUAUAUACAUUGCAAAGGAGAAAAGUUUUUAUGCAAGAACUGUGGACGUCUGGGCCACAUCCAAACUCAGUGUAACUUCAUACACAAGAAAUAG